AUGCAGAUUGAUGAUCGUAUUAGUGUCCCCGAAUUCCCCAAUAUUAGUGAACAUAGUGGCGAAUGCCUUCCUAAUCUCGCUAUUGCUUUGAAUCUACGGUCAAAUCUGGAUCGACUUCACGAAAACAGCCAUUCGAACUGCCAUUGCUUGACAGGUCUUUGGCGGCCUGGUUCAGGCAUUUCAUCUGGAUUUGUGCCAGGAAUCUUUGGCAUCAGUUCCCCUGGCAGCCGCAGUUGCUAUCAGCUAUCAGAUGCCCCUCACAACCUUCAGGCUUCACUAGCUUCAGAAGAAUCCUUAGUCCAAAACGGCUCUCUGUUUUUUGCACCGUCGCAAGCCUCUUUGGUUUCGGACAGAGUCUUAGAGACCGCUUCUACUGGCGCUCUUGUUUCGGCAUGGCCCCUCGAUGCUUCUGCUUUCCGGCAAUCUCUCGACCUUGGCGGUGGCACUAAUGGCCAUCCGAAUCAGAGGACCUCUGGUUUGCGUGGUAGCGCAUCUGGAUUAUACUAUCCGGGUAUAAGGACAAGUCCACUUGCUCCGAUGCAGAUGCCUUGGCUUCCCGUGGUUUCUCAUUUCACCGGAAAUCAACAAUUUCGUGGAAUGACUCAAGUAUUGUGGCCGACCGUGACAACUACGGUACAGCAGCCUUUGGCAUUGGGUGGGCAUGUCUUUCGCUAUCUACCACAUUCUGGGUCUCAGCAACAUUACUUUCAGAGUCAAUGGGAGUUGCGUCGCUCCGGCAGCGGACACCGCCGCCUUCGCCGGCAAAAAGCUGCAGCUGCUCGAGCCUUCCAGCAAUGUAAGUUGAACAAUCAGCCAAGAUGUGCUCAACUCGACGCACUGCCAAUUGGGCAAUCAAAGUCAGGUGUUAGCUGUCGCAUGACUAUCGGACAGACCAGUUCCGUCAAUGCUACGAAUGGUGAGGUGCUUACUGCUGCUGGAUCAGAUUCUACUGGCUUCUCUAGUCUACUCGACGAAAUUCCUUUGUUAACUCCUACAAGAUCUGACUUUCGACCAGCUUCUGUCCAUUUGAUGAGCUUUCAACGAAACGAUGGUAGCGGUGCUAAUUUUUCGUCCCAUUUGAUUCAGCGUCCUUCACCUGAUGUGAGGACAUUAGAUGAUCGCAACAUACAGAUCAGUGGUACGUUACUUGUAUCUUACACAUGGUGA